AUGCGCUUCGUGAUUGAGGGACUGACUGUGUACUUCCCAUAUGAUUACAUAUAUCCAGAACAGUUCCAAUAUAUGCUGGAGCUGAAACAUGCGUUGGAUGCAAAGGGACAUUGCUUGCUGGAGAUGCCAACAGGCACUGGGAAGACCAUUACCCUGCUGUCCCUCAUCACAUCUUAUCAGCUGGCGCACCCAGAGGUGGGCAAGCUCAUAUACUGCACGCGAACAGUGCCAGAGAUGGAGAAAGUGCUGGCCGAGCUGAAGGAGCUGGUACACUACCGAGAUAGGUAUUUCCAUGAACCUGGCAUGGAGCCGCCUAAAAUUCUGGCUCUGGGCCUGAGUUCAAGGAAGAACCUGUGUGUGCACCCACGCGUCUCAGAGGAGGGUUCUAGGGAGAGCUGCGAUUCGCAGUGCAGGAAGCUGACAGCCUCCUGGGUGCGCGAGGCGCAUGUAACCAACCCAGACAUCGAGACCUGCACUUUCUAUGAAGGUCUGGAGGCAGCAGGCGCCGAGGGUGUCAUGGAGCCUGGCGUGUAUACUCUGCAGGACAUGCGAGAGUAUGGGCGGAAGAAGGGAUGGUGUCCCUACUUCACAGCGCGGCACAUGCUAGCCUUUGCCAAUGUCAUGGUCUAUAAUUACCAGUACAUGCUUGACCCCAAGGCAAGCAAUGCCGCCACCCUGCCCCCUGUGUCAAACAUGGUGUCGCGGGAGCUUGAGAAGGAGUGUGUGGUGGUCUUUGAUGAGGCUCACAACAUAGACAAUGUCUGCAUAGAGGCGCUGAGUGUGACAUUAAGGAGACAGACGCUGGACAGUGCGAUGAGGAAUGUGGGGAAGCUGAAGGCUGCGGUGGACAAGUGCAAGGCCACAGACGAGCAGCGGCUCAAAGCCGAGUACCAGCGGCUCAUUGGAGGCUUGCAGGAGAGGGGAGCGCUGCCCCGGGGGAGGCCCACACCAGGUGGAGAGGACUGGCUGGCCAACCCAGCCCUGCCAGAGGACAUCCUGCGAGAAGCUGUGCCGGGCAACAUCCGGCGAGCGGAGCACUUCUGCGCGUUCCUGAAGCGGCUGGUGGAGCACCUGAAGGGCCGCAUCAGCGUGCAGGCUGUGGAGCAGGAGUCCUGCACCACCUUCCUGGCCACCCUCCAGGAGUCCAUGGCCGUCGACGGCAAGACGCUGCGCUUCUGCUACGACCGGCUGUCAUCGCUGCUGAAGACGCUGGAGAUCACCGACAUGGACGACUUCACGCCCAUCCACCUUGUCGCCGACUUCGCCACCCUUGUGGGGACCUACGCCAAGGGGUUUGCCAUCAUCGUCGAACCCUAUGACGACCGCCUGCCCUCCGUCCCCGACCCUGUCAUCCAGCUGAGCUGCCUAGACGCGAGCCUGGCAGUGCGGCCGGUGUUCCAGAAGUUUCAGACGGUGGUGAUCACUAGCGGCACGCUGUCGCCCAUCGACCUGUACCCGCGCAUCCUCAACUUCAACCCCGUCGCCAUCCAGUCCUUCGCCAUGACCCUCACCAGGGAUUGCAUGUGCCCAGUGGUGCUGACGCGGGGCGCGGACCAGGCGGCUGUGAGCACCGCGUUCGACAUGCGCGAGGACGAGAAUGUGAUCCGUAACUAUGGGCGCAUGCUGGUGGAGCUGGCGGCUGCCAUCCCGGAUGGCAUCGUGUGCUUCUUCGUGUCCUACUCCUACAUGGACAAGAUCGUGUCCAAGUGGAACGACAUGGGCAUCCUGCAGGACCUGAUGGCGCACAAGCUGGUGUUCAUAGAGACGGUGGACGUGGUAGAGACGACGCUCGCCCUGGACAACUUCCGGCGCGCCUGCGACUGCGGCCGCGGCGCUGUGUUCCUCUCUGUUGCGCGCGGCAAGGUGGCGGAGGGGAUCGAUUUUGACCGGCACUACGGGCGCUGCGUGGUGAUGUUUGGCGUGCCCUACCAAUACACCCUCAGCCGCAUCCUGAGGGCGAGGCUGGAGUAUCUGAGGGAGACCUUCCAGAUAAAGGAGAGCGAUUACCUCUCGUUCGAUGCAGUGCGGCAGGCUGCGCAGUGCGUCGGCCGUGUCAUCCGCUCCAAAGCAGACUAUGGCCUGAUGGUGUUUGCGGACAAGCGGUACCAGCGCGCGGACAAGCGGGACAAGUUGCCGGGCUGGAUCACGACGCACCUGAAGGACGCGCACCUCAAUUUGUCCACGGACAUGCUCAUGCACAUCGCGCGCGAGUUCAUGCGCGCCAUGGCCCAGCCCUACGACGGCCUCGCCAUCGGCAAGUCCCUGCUCACCGAGGCCCAGGCCAAUGCCAUGAGCGGCACCGGGGCCUCCCUCUGA